UAGUAAAAAGAGACAUAAUUAUCAUCAUUUUGUUGACUCUUCUUCAACAAAGAAAAAUACUCCUGGUCCUAGAUUCUCCCUCUCUUAGAUCUCCUUCAAAUACACAACUCUAGAGAAGAGCAUUAAUUAUUUACUUAAUCAUCAACAUGAUGCCAACUGGGUUCAGGUUCAAUCCCACUGAUGAAGAGCUCAUCCAAAUUCUUCAGAGGAAAGUUUAUGGCAAAGAAAUGCCUCUCCACGGCAAUUUCAUUGUUGAAAGAAACGUUUAUGAGUUUGAUCCUCAAGAUCUUCAAUGGGAUCAUACUGUGGCGUUACUUAACAACGAAAGAUAUUGCUAUUGCAUAAGGGAAAAUGAUUCGCGAGAAGUAUCAGGUAGAGGAUGGUGGAGAGCUACAGGCCAUGUUAAAACAAUUUAUGCCAAUAAACGUGUAGUGGGUUACAAGAGGCCUUUAACAUUUCACAGAUUUACUGAUGAUGACAAAAAACGUAAUAAAGCUGUGAAGACUAAUUGGAUUAUGCAUGAAUAUAGUCUUGACUCCAACACAACGGAUUGGAGACUUUGUAAGAUCAAGUAUAAGGGAAAGCCAAGUGUCCAAGAAGAGCUGGAGAAAAAUAGAAUAAAAAGCUAUAAAUCAAGGAAUGAUUUUGAAGCCAGCUGUUCAAUCAUGGGCAGCAACAAGGAUUUUGUAUUUGAACAACAGCAACAAUUACCAAAACCCUUACAGCUACAAAAUGAAUACGAGCCUUAUUUUGAAGCCUCCAAUCCAAUGGAGAUUCAUGAUCAAUUUGGUUUUGUUGGUGAAGAACAGCUGCAAUCUCAACUCUUACAGCUAGACAAUACGUAUGAACUUUAUUUAAAACAAAACAUGCUACUGGAAGCGAUUGAUGAGAAGCAAGUGGAGCACUCAAAAGCUUCAAACGAUCCAAGUUUCAUUAAUGGUGAUCAGCUAGAGCAUUCAGAUUCAUCUGAGCAGCUAUCUCUUAGUCUUUGGUCUUGGCAGAACUAGCACGUGUGUUCUCUUUCAAAGUUCUCUCUCUAUCUAUAUAAAAAAUCUAAUAUUUGGAUUGA